AGACUAUUUUAAUUCGAGCACAAAGUUGGUGUGUCGAAAUUUUUGUCAAAAUUAUAAGUUUUUUAUUCGAUAUAAAAAAAUUUUUCGAAGAAAGUUGUUUCUAAAUUUAACAGCGGUCCACAAUGUGUCACCCAAUGCCCCAAGCGAUAUGCCAGCUGAGAAAUACGCCGCUCUCUGGCGACAGGGUUCUGGACGAGCAGAUAAAGAAUUGGGUUAAAUGGGAUCAUAAUGCAGAUACUUUAUGUCAAAUCAUGGAUGCUGUGAAGAACGAAGAGUGGGAUGUUCUGCGGUGUCGUCUGUGUAGACGCAUUACAUUCGGUACAGCAGGAUUGAGAGCGGUAAUGCGAGCAGGAUUCGACUCCAUGAAUGAAUUAGUCAUCAUUCAGUCUUCGCAAGGUCUCUGUGAGUAUUUGAAGGAGCAGUAUCCAGAUGAGUCUGUGUGGUCCGAUCGAGGCGUAGUCAUUGGAUUCGAUGGACGAUACAAUAGUCAGCGCUUCGCAGAAUUGACGGCCAUUACUUUUCUAAGCAACAAUUUCAGAGUGUAUCUCUUCAAGUGUUAUGUUCCCACACCAUUUAUACCCUACUCAAUUAUACGACUCAAUUGCUUAGCUGGUGUUAUGGUGACGGCAUCCCACAAUCCCAAGCAGGAUAAUGGCUAUAAAAUUUAUUGGACAAAUGGUGCCCAGAUCGUAGCGCCACAUGACGAGGCCAUCAAUCACGCUAUACUCGACAAUUUGAAGCCAAAAGAAGAUGCCUGGGACGAGACGGUCUUGUGUUCUAAUGACUUGCUGUGUGAUCCAUAUAAUGACGUUGUUCCAGCGUAUUUUGAUGCCCUCAAAAAAGAGAUGUCCUGCACACUUCUUGAAGCGAAUGGAAAAUGUCAGUUGAGUUUUACCUAUACAGCGAUGCACGGUGUCGGAUAUCCAUACAUAAAGCUCGCGUUUCCCAAGAUCGGUCUUAAGCCAGUUAUACCUGUACGUGAACAGAUUGAUCCAGAUCCAGAAUUCAGUACAACGCCAAGUCCGAAUCCAGAGGAAGGUAAAACAGCAAUGGCAUUGUCUAUAAAAACGGCAACUUGCAAAAAAACUCCCAUCAUAUUGGCGAAUGAUCCGGAUGCCGAUCGUCUGGGGGUUGGAGAGAUUGGGGACGACAAUCAGUACAAACUAUUUACCGGAAAUGAGAUGGGUGCUCUUCUCGGAUGGUGGUCAUUGGAGAGCUACAAACUAAGCAAUGAAACUUCCGACGUAUCCAACUGUGCUAUGGUCGCCAGCACGGUUAGUUCAAAGCUCUUAAAGUGUAUGGCUGAAAUGGAAGGGUUCUCAUUCUACGAAACAUUGACGGGUUUCAAGUGGAUCUGCAACAAAGUGAUCGAACAACGUGAUGCAGGAAAGCAUGUGCUUUUCGCGUUUGAAGAGUCUAUCGGCUACAUGGUUUCGACGAAUGUGCUCGACAAGGAUGGUAUCAGUGCAGCGGCUCAUGUGGCUACCAUGGCUUGUUACUUGCGCUGUAAAAAGUGUAUGUCCUUGCAGGAGAAACUGCGAGAUUUAUACGAAAAAUACGGAUUUCACACAAGCAUCGUUUCAUAUGUUAUUUGUCGCGAUAAAUCGCUAAUUAAGAAGAUAUUCGAGCGCCUGCGUAACUUCGAUGAAGACCAAGAGAACACAUAUCCCACAAGCAUUAUGGAUGGAGAAUACGAGAUUGAAAACGUGCGUGAUUUGACCACAGGCUACGACAGCAGUACGUCAGAUAAGAAGGCAACUCUACCGGUUGAUGAAAACAUUCAGAUGAUCACGUUUACUUUCAAGAAUGGUUUUGUAAUCACGUUGCGCACGAGUGGAACGGAGCCUAAGAUGAAGUACUAUGCUGAGAUGUGUGGAAAGCCGGAGGAUAAAAGAUGGGACGAACUCAUAAAAUUAACACAACGCAUGACCGAUGCUGCUGUCAAUGAGUUCUAUGAGCCUGAAAAGAAUGGAUUGCAACGAAAACCAGUGGAUUAAUUUAAAAAUUUGCAGUUUUAUUUUGAACAUUAUUUAACCAUAGGCAUGCAACACAUUUUUGGUUAUAUUAACUUCAAAAUGAGUUCAGAAAUAUAGAUUAAUUUCUUUUGAGUUGUAAUUUGAAUACACAUUUAUUAUAAUAACAUAUAAAAAUAA